GUGUAAAAUUUGAACCGUAGAGUAGGAGGGAAAUGGCUUCGUAGUUCAAACUCUCUCUCUCUUCCUGGACUGAGAAAAAGCACAACUGUUCCUUAUUCUUCUUCUAGGGUUUACACACAGAGCUGAGAGCUCUCUCAACUCAAGAUGAACAAGGAAGAUGAGCAUUUAGGAGGUUUAUCAGAGCAACAAAAAGUUCGAAUUUCUCAGAAUUUCAGAGCAGCCAAGGCCCUCCUUGCCCGCAAAAGGCCUCGCGACUCCACUAAUACCCACCAUCAGUUUCCUGACAGAUAUGCAGAUACAAAGAGAAUUGAAACUCCAGCACAGGUUAUUGGCAUCAAAAGGCUUCCUCUUUCAGAGAUUCCAAUGAACACACCUUCCCCAGCUUCCUUUAAGGGGUCGAAAAUACCAGGAGGUGAAUGUAACAUCAGUUCAUCUUCUAGGGGCAUAUCCGUUAGUAUGAUUGAUGAUAGUUUGAGUAUAAGGACAAUGGGUGUUGAUUUGGAGAAUGAGGCAGUUCCUAAUUCAUUUGAAACUCCAACAAGACAACUGGAAUGUAGUGGCAGUUUAUGCUCUGAUGCCAUAGUUGUCAACGGAAUUGAAUCGAUUGAUGAUAGUUUGAGUAAAAGGAAAACGGGUGUUGUGUUGGAAGAUCAGUCUGGGCUAAGUUCUUUUGUUACUCCAGUGAGACAACUGCAUUUUUCUGCCUUGUGCAAGUCUUCAUCUGUAUUUAGUGUUUUAGAUGAGGAUAUUGACAAUACCAUUUUGGAAGAAAUUGAUGCUCUAUGUGAGCAGAAGACAGUGGUAAACUCAGGAAGGGAGGAGUGCAGCGGUAAUUUUCAAAUGGAAAUUCAGUCUGUUGAAGAGAAUAGUUCGGAGCAAAAGACAAAUUUGAGUUCUGUUUUCCCAGAGUUGUUGAAAACUGAAGGCAUUAUGAAUUCAAGUGAGGAUCAAGAAUGUGGAGUAGGGGAAUUGAGGAUUUCAGUGGCUGCACAAAAUGGGAGUAUGCCAGAGGAAUCUGUGAAAUAUAUGGAUUCUCUGAAUGACAGGCAGCGGGAAGCUGCUUGUAGUGACAUUUCUAUCCCUUUGAUGAUUGUUGCUGGACCAGGAAGUGGAAAGACUUCUACGAUGGUUGGACGUGUUCUGAUGUUGCUUAAUGAGGGCAUUGGUCCAUCCAAUAUUCUGGCUAUGACUUUCACUACAGCGGCUGUUUCUGAAAUGAGAGAUCGAAUUGGAGCAGUGGCUGGAAAGGCAACAGCGAAAGAGCUUACAAUCAGCACAUUCCAUUCAUUUUCUCUGCAACUUUGUCGUUCACAUGCUGAAAAGUUAGGUCGCACACCAGAAUUCUUGAUAUAUGGGCAUGGGCAACAAAGAAGAGCAAUCAUUGAGGCUGUGAGGCUAUUGGAAAAUGGAAAGAAUAGGCAAAAUCAGGAUGCUCAUAGACAUGAUGAAGAGUUAAAAGAUGUAAAUUCUCCACAAUAUUUCAAAGAUAAGUCAAAGAAGUGGCAAAAGUUUGUAGCUCAAGCCAAAGCUUCUGGAAAGACUCCUGAAGAUUGCCAUAAAGUGGGUGAUGCCAUAGGGGCGGCAAUUCUUCAAAACUACAAUGACAUAUUAAGAACUUGUAAUGCUCUGGACUACCAUGACUUAAUCAACUGUUCAGUGAACCUGCUCAGUGAUUUUCCUGAAGUAUUUAAGGAGUGCCAGGAGUCAUGGAAAGCAAUUGUGAUAGAUGAAUUUCAAGACACAAGUAGCAUGCAGUAUGGUCUGCUGCGGAUUCUUGCAACUCAUAAACGCAUAACUAUUGUUGGUGAUGAAGAUCAGUCAAUUUUCAGUUUCAAUGGCGCUGACGUAUCUGGAUUUGAUUCAUUCCGUAAAGAUUUUCCAAACCACAAAGAAGUUAGAUUAAAUAAGAAUUAUCGGUCCACCCGCUGUAUCGUUGAAGCUGCAUCAUCUCUUAUAAAAAAUAAUUUGAACCGAGGCCAGCUAAAGAAUGUUCUCACUGAUAAUUCUUGUGGAUCUAAGAUUUCUGUAAAGGAAUGUUGUAAUGAGGUUGCACAGUGUGCAUUUGUUGUUGAUAAGAUCUUAGAAAUUACAUCUGAAGGUUCAUCUGCUAAGUGCUCUUAUGGCAAUAUUGCUGUUCUUUACCGGAGGCAGGUGUCAGGAAAAGUGUUUCAAGCAGCAUUCCGAGACAGGAAAAUACCAUUCAACAUUCAUGGUGUGGCCUUCUAUAGAAAAAAGGUAGUCAGAGCCAUAAUUGCUAUGCUUAGAACAACGUUGCCUGGUUGUGAUGAUGGUUCUUUUCGCCGAGUGUUCAAGGCUUUACUACCUUUUGACAAAGAAGAGAAGAAAAAGGUAAUUGAUCAUAUCGAUAAAAUAUCAACUGUAAGGAGAUGCAGCUUUGUUUCAGCUGCAUGUGACAUAUUUAGUGCAAAGAUUUCUGGUACAUUUAAAAGGAAUCAACUUACUCAAGGACGUAAGGUGUUGUUUUCACUAGACAUGAUAUCGAAUCUUGUUCAAAGGGAACACUCAAUUUCAGCUGUCAUAACUUCAGUGGCUAACAUGAUACCUCAGGUGCUCCAGUAUCUACUGGAUGAUGUCUCUGAGUUUUUGUCAACGCGAUUUAUUAUGCCAGAAGAGGGGAGAGAUAUCAUAGAGGAAGACAAAGGCUGCAUUAAUGUACUUAAAGCUUUUAUUGAUUAUAUAUCUGAAAGGGAGAGCGAAAAUUUUCGUUCAAGGAGACAUAACAAUAAAGAUGGUGUUACCCUGACUACCAUUCAUCAGUCAAAAGGCCUGGAGUGGGAUAAUGUUUUCAUAGUCAAGGUGAAUGAAUCUGAAAUCCCUUUGUCGCAUGAAUUCAAUGGUGUUCUGAAGGAAAAUUGCAAUUCAAUUGAGGAGGAGCGGCGAUUGCUAUAUGUGGCGAUGACUCGUGCUCGGAAAAAACUUUUCAUUCUUUAUGUUAUUAUGGACUCAAAUUGGCAGAUGCUUCAGCCAUCACGGUUUUUAAAAGAAAUUCCUGAUCAUCUUCGAGAGAUCCAGUCUGAGCUGAAUUCAAAAGAUCUACAAGAGAAGGACCAACAAAUUCAAACUGGAACUCACUGCAGCAUAUGGGCUGGUCUAUCAAGAGAAACGGAAUCUUCUGACGUAGAUAUAGUGCUGAAGGAUACUGUCAAGAUUCCAGUCCAUGAAGGUUCCAAAGAGUCAAUGGAAUCAAUGGAGGCAUGCUACGGGAAUAGUUUUUUGAAAAGAUUCAUUGUAGAGGACCGAGCAGUUGUUUCCCAUUUAUUCCAUCAAUGGGCCAAGAAGCCAGCAUUUCAAGACGCAAAGAGGUUACUUGACAAGUGUUGUUAUGCGGUUGGAUGGCUGGAUUCUCUAUCAAUGCUGUCUUUCAACAGAUCAUCUAUCAAUGUUUUAUCAGUAGUAACAACAGCUUGUUGCGUUGGCUUCGCAAUUGACGAACGCUUGAGAGUCAAGAAAAGCACACACAAGGAUGUUAUGCGUGAACUAAAGUCCUGCUUAAAGUGUGAUGAGGCAUUUCAAUAUGCACAAUAUGUUCUGAGGUGGGAACAAAUACCUGCUGAUAAGCGUGCUCAUUUGAUGAGGGAGAAACAGGAACAUUUUCAGAAACUAAGGAUUGAGAAUGCAAUGGGUUCAUCUGCCCCCACCUCUAAACAGAUUGCUUAUUUACAGAGCUUGGGAUGCACGGUGGUCCCUUCAUCACGUCUCCAUGCGUCUCGUUUGAUUGAGGAAUACAAAUCAUUGUAGCAAAUUUUGAUAGUUUUGCCUUCAUUUUCUUUCUUCUUUUGUUUUUUGCCUCAAUUUCCAAACUGAGGUUUUAUUUAUAGAAGAAUAACUUUUCGGACAAUUUUUUUUUUGUUACUGACUUGUUUCAAAAUUGUUGUAGACUAUUAACAAGUGAUGGAAUUGGACCUUAAGAAAUGUUAAUAAGGGCAAUGUGAUUUUUCUAAAUGCAUGAGAUUAUGCUGUGAAUUGGGAGCAAAGUAUUAACAUCAACAAUGAGUAUAUGGA